AUGCAGACAUUUGCAGUUCCGGAUCCUAUUGAGUUUUUAGAAGGACCACCCGUUAAGCACUAUGCGUACACGAAGACGUUCGACGAAGCAAGACAGGAUCCUAUCGUAGUCCUGCAUACGUCUGGUUCUACCAGUCUCCCAAAGCCAAUUAUCCUAACCAAUGGGAAUAGCGCUGCAAUGGAUGCUCACAGCCUGAUGCGUCUUAUUGACGAAAAGGCCCCGCAGACUGUGGAAUGGAGUAAUCUUACGAUCUUUGUAACGUUUCCGAUCUUCCAUGCUGGUGGGCUCUUUCUCACCCUCUGGGCUCCUCUAUUCUUUGGCUACACCGUUAUCUUACCUCCUCCAGGAUUGCCAGAUGUGAGGAUGGUGGAGAAAAUCCUUCAGAAUACCCCUUGUGAAGCGAUGGUUCUCCUCCCCAGCACGAUUGAGGAAAUUGCUAAUAGCCCGGUUCUUGAUCAAAUGAACAAGAUUCAAUUCGUUUCCUAUGGCGGAGGUCCUCUAUCACCGCAUGCAGGAGAUUUACUCAACAGCGUGACCCGGGUUUAUAACUGUAUUGGAGCAACCGAAGCAGGCUGGUACCCAACUCUAGCCACCGAUGUCGAAGAUUGGCAGUACUUUCAUUUCCAUCCGGACAACGGCUUCGAUAUGCGUCUGCGGCCAGACGGGCUUUACGACCAUGUCAUCGUACGCGACACAGCGGCCGGAAUGACCCAAUCUGUAUUUGAGACAUUUCCCGACCUUGAGGAAUGGCCAACCAAAGAUCUGUAUGAGAAACAUCCUCACAAGCCCGACCAUUGGCUUCACCGAGGGAGAGGAGACGAUAUCAUUGUUCUCUCAAACGGUGAAAAGUUCAACCCUCUGACAAUUGAGGCUGGACUCACCACUCAUCCUUUCAUACGGUCUGCUUUAAUAUUCGGGCAGGGUCGAUUUCAGAUCGGUGCCCUGCUCGAACUGACUGUUGCUGGAGACUCAAAGAGCUCCGAUAAAGAGGAAAUCCUACGUGCCAUCGAACCCACCGUGGAGAAGGUGAACAUUCUGGCCCCAGGCCAUGCAAAGUUGUCCAGAGAUCUCCUAUUGAUUGCCACUCCGGAAAAGCCAUUCCAAUAUGCUUCGAAAAGCACAGUGAGACGAAAACCAACCCUAGAGCUUUAUCAGGCGGAAAUCGAUAACCUGUAUGACCUUAUUGAUAUCAGAUUCGGUUCUAACAUCGACAGUAUGGAUACCACAACCGUAGAGGGUGUGGCAGCAGGUAUCCGCAGCAUGUUGACGAGUGUUGCCGGUUUCGCCAGUCUUGAAGACGACACAGAUCUGUUCGCGCUCGGGUUUGAUUCCCUGCAAAUUCUGACUCUGGUACGAUUCUUACGGGCGAGUCUGCGGGAACAUGACCAUGUGACUGUUGACCACAAACUACUAUAUAGCAAUUCCACCAUCUCCAAACUGAGUCAGGCCAUCUACGGCCUAGUCAGACACGAGUGUCAGGAGCAAGGAUCGGUCGUCGAUGAGAUGCGUUCGAUGGUCGACCGUUACACGGUAAAUGGGCCUCCGGUCACUCCAACGUCAAAAGAAGUUGCACCGGAUGAGAUCAACGUGAUCAUAACAGGCAGUACAGGCUCGCUAGGCUCUUACCUGCUGGAUGGACUCAUGCGGCACCCCAAGGUAGGACGCAUCUGGUGCCUAAAUCGGGCCACCGAUGCGCAGGAAACCCAGACUCAGCUCAGCCGAGGGCGUGGGCUGCUUACCAACUGGGCAUCGAAGGUGAUUUUUCUAAAAGCGGAUCUAUCCCAACCGGGACUUGGGAUCCAGCUUCACGAUUACGAGAUCUUGAUUAAGCAUGCAACCCACAUUCUUCAUAGCCAAUGGCCUGUCAAUUUUAACCUUCCCCUCUCCUCUUUUGAGCCACAAGUGGCAGGAGUCCGCCAGCUCUUAAACCUAGCAGCUGCAUCCAAACACUAUAUCUCGCUAUUUUUCGUUUCGUCUGUGUCAGUAGCUGCUCACUGGCCAUGGGCAGAGUCCAUGUUGGUCCCUGAGACGGUUAUUAUCGAUCUCUCUGUCGCUGGCAUGGGCUACGGUGAGGGCAAGCUAGUAUCAGAGGCGGUCCUUGACUGGGGCGCAAAAGCCGGUCUCGCCCACACAGUGACCUGUCGGGUCGGGCAGAUCGCUGGCCCUGUCAAGGGAGGCGGGCGAGUUGGACGGUGGAACCGAAAGGAGUGGUUCCCGGCAAUCAUCGACACAUCUGCAACGCUGGGAGUUCUUCCACGAACUCUGGGACAGAUGAACGAGAUUAGCUGGAUACCUGUUGACUUUCUUGCGGACAUUAUUCUAGAGUUGGCAGUUGACUCCAGGCCGCCCUCACCGACAACUAGUGGAGGAGUGGAGGUCUUUCAUACUAUCAAUGCACACCGACCCAUAUGGGAGUCCCUUCUGCUCGUGGUCAAAAAGCAACUAGCAGAAAGCGGUCACCCAGUGGAGAUUGUCGAUUGGAAAGAGUGGGUUCACUUGCUAAAUCAAGCAGCUGAGGAAGUAGAAGGGCAGAUGAACCCUGCGGAACCGGUGCCGGGUGUGAAGUUACUCGAUUUUUUCAAGGGCAUAGGCACUGCCCCUAAAGGCGGAGAAGAUCAGCGAGCACAGGGGACUCUAGAUAUCCAGAAAACCCGGAAUAAGAGCCGGACGCUGGGCGAACUGGACGCGGUGGGAGAGGAAUGGAUGCGAACGUGGAUGAUGCAGUGGGGGUACUGA